UGUGUCGUGUGUUUCUGAAGAGCAAAGGAGGGUUUACUUCUCAGCUCUGUGGAGGGAGGAGGAGGUGGGUGAGGGCGACAAGAUGGACGAUUACGCGAGGGAGAUGAUGGACCUCAAGACUCUCGUCACUCGCACGCUCGAGAAGAAAGGCGUUCUCGCCAAGAUUAGGGCUGAGCUUAGAGCAAGUGUAUUUGAAGCAAUAGAAGAAGAGGAUCGCGCUAUUCAAAAUGAUGACAAUGUUCCUCCUGCAUUAUUAGGAAGCUGCAAUGACCGUGCAAAGCAACUGCAUACUUCUCCUUCAGGAAGGUUACUGACAGCACUAAUUGGUGAAUACUUGGAAUGGGCCCAGUUAGGCCACACACUUAAAGUUUAUUUGCCAGAGUGUAAUUUGCCAAAGGACUUCUGGAGAGAUGAAUUGAAGGAUUUCAGUUCCACAAAUCGGUAUGAUUCAAACAGGAACGGCGAAUGUGGCCCAUUACUUUUGGACGUUCUUGAAGGAUAUUUGAAAUAUGAGAAUUUGACUCAAAAUAGGGUGGCCGGAGGGAGACUAAUUGAUUCAGAUACAAUUUCAGUAUCUAGUGUAGAGGCCAGAAAUGUCAGAAGGCCAUCGUCAUCAUCUGCUGCUCCUGGAGGCUUACCAUCAUUGGGCAGGCCGGUCCCUCGUAUCCAGACAUCAGAACGAAAGUCAAGUUCCUCGGUUCCCAUGAAUAGGAAGGAUGAUUAUAUGUGGAAAUAUGAUGUUGAUGAGGUCUCAGAGGAUGUAAUUCGAGCUGCGAAUGCAUUAGAAAACAUUCAGCUUGACAGAAAAGCACGAAAUUUGACAUCAUCUUGGAGGCAUGCAAGUGAUGGGACAAUGGAGGACGAUGGCAUGGUCGAUCAUCACUAGUAUGAUCUACUGAAGUAUUUGUAUCUUUGUAGCUUGUUUCAUUCCCAUUUGCGCACCACUUACGUUAAAUGUAUGGAAGUUGUAGACCGUGAUUUAAUUUUGUUCUCCUUUUCCUGGCUUGGAAUCUUCGAAUGGUUGUCGUUGGUAUCCCUUCCCUGCACCUUGUAGUGGCAUCUAUGUUUUGCUGUAUCAUGUAGGACCUGCUACGCUUGUGUUUCAAAUGUCGGUAUUGUGUGUGGGUUUCAUUUGGUAUAAGCAGUCUGCUUUAGACG